GAACCAGCUACCUCGGGGCAUCACGCCCUUUGUACACUCCGCCAUCUCUCUCUCUCUCUCUCUCUCAAUCUCCCUCUCGAGCAGAUCUCUCUCGUGAAUAUCGACAAUGUCGACCACUUUCAGCUCUUCUGUCUCCUCCAUGCAAGCUACUUCUCUGGCAACAUUCCAGAAGCCAGCUGCUUUGGUGUCAAGGACUAAUCUCUCCUUCAACCUGCGCCGUUCGAUCCCCACUCGCUUCUCAAUCUCUUGCGCGGCCAAACCAGAGACAGUAGAGAAAGUGUCUAAGAUCGUGAAGAAGCAACUCUCACUCAAAGACGAUCAAAAGGUCGUUGCAGAAACCAAAUUUGCUGAUCUCGGAGCUGAUUCUCUCGACACUGUUGAGAUAGUGAUGGGUUUGGAGGAAGAGUUUGGCAUCGAAAUGGCUGAAGAGAAAGCACAGAAGAUUGCAACUGUGGAGCAAGCUGCUGAGCUCAUUGAAGAGCUCGUGGAAGCCAAUAAGUAAUUUUAGUAUUAAGAGAGAACCAAAGGCUUUGUUGGGUUUGUUGUUUUCAUAAUGUUUCUCUCAUUUUUCUUUUUUUUUUUUUAAUGUGUCAUGCGACUCUGUUGGUUUAAGUAGUAUCUGUAUGCCAUGGAUAUCAUCUCUAUUUGUCGACUGAAAACUUUUGGUUACACAUGAUGAAGGAAAGCUUGUUUCUU